AUGAGCUCCCAAGUUCGUCAGAAUUAUUCCACUGAGGUGGAGGCCGCUGUCAACCGCCUGGUCAACCUGCAUCUGCGAGCCUCCUACACUUAUCUGUCUCUGGGCUUCUAUUUCGACUGCGACGAUGUGGCUCUAGAGAGCGUGGGCCACUUCUCCCACAAGUUAGCCAAAGAGAAGUGGGAAGGCGCGGCACAUCUCUUGAAGAUGCAAAACCAGCGCGGAGGUCACGCUCUCUUCCAGGACCUGCAGAAACCUUCUCAAGAUGAGUGGGGUAAAACUCAGGAUGCCAUGGGAGUCGCCAUGGUCAUGGAAAAGAACCUGAAGCAGGCCCUUUGGGAUCUGCACGCCCUGGGUUCUGCCUGCACAGACCCCCAUUGGCAGCAUUUUCUGGAGAAUGACUUCCUAGAUGAGGUGAAACUCAUCAAGAAAAUGAGCGACCACCUGACUACCCUCCGCAAGCUGGCCGGCCCCCAGGUCGGGCUUGGAGAGUAUCUCUUUGAAAGGCUCACCCUCCCUCAAGCACAACUAGAAGCCUUUGGAGCCCAGAGGCCUUUGAGGGACCCCUCUGCAUCCCCCUGGUGUUGGGCUUCUGCCUGAAACCAUUAGGCAGCCUUCUAACCACUCCAGAGCCCUCUUCCAUGCCUUGGACCAAAUUGA